AUAUUAUAGCACCAUGUUUUGGACCGCCUAUUAUCAUUGAAGGUCGAUCUCUACCAGCGCUUGCCAACUAAUGAAGCCAGCUUGUUUACUUGUAGCAGGCAUUUUACUAGCAAUUGCCUCGGCGGAUGAACACAACCAUGUGUACGAACCGAAUGAAGAAGUCGUAGUGUGGAUGAACACUAUUGGGCCAAUGAAUAACUGGCAAGAAACCUAUGACUAUUAUCAAUUGCCAUUUUGCCAUGGAGACAGCCCUGUACAGCAUCACCACGAAACGUUGGGUGAAGCACUUCAGGGCAUGGACUUGAUCAACUCAGGCAUCCCCAUGUCGUACCUAGUCCCUGCACGAGACGAGCCAAUAUGUACUGCGACACUUCAACACAGAGACAUUGACUUGUUCCGAUAUGCCAUUGCAAACAAGUAUUGGUAUCAAAUGUUCAUUGAUGACCUGCCUUUAUGGGGUCGCGUCGGAAGGAUGGUUGAUAACGAGAUUGACUCGGAACAGGGCAAUGCGGAUACAGACGAUGAUGGCGCACCAGCAGAAUAUAUUUAUACACACAAGAUAUUCACUAUCGGUUACAACGAAGACAGAAUCAUUGAGAUUAACUUGACAGACUCAAACCCCAUACGGCUGGAUCCCUCAGCUUCAAGUGUGGAAUUGGAAUUCAGUUAUUCAGUGGAAUGGGUUCCACAAGAUAAAGACUUCAAAGAUCGUUUCAACCGGUUUUUGGACGCUGAUUUCUUCGAACACAAGGUUCACUGGUUCUCCAUUUUAAGUUCUUUCAUGAUGGUCUUGUUCUUGACCGGUCUGGUGGCCAUCAUCCUACUAAGAACAAUCAAGCGCGACUUCACUCGAUAUGAUAAGGAGGAUGGGCUAGGCGACUUUGAUAGAGAUAUUGGAGAAGAUUACGGGUGGAAACAACUGCACGGCGAUGUUUUCCGACAACCUCCUAAGCUGAUGCUCUUGUCGUCGUUGAUUGGUGUUGGAAAUCAGUUAAUGAUACUAUCGGCUGUUGUGAUUCUCUAUACCAUUGUAGGCGAUCUAUACGUUGAACGAGCCACCAUUUUGACCGCAACCAUUUUCUUGUAUGCAUUGACUUCAGGAGUAGCCGGAUAUACAAGUGCUAGUUACUAUGCUAAGAACGGCGGCAAAGAUUGGAUUCGCAAUGUCAUGCUUACUGCAAGUUUAUGGCCUGGUGCGGUUGCUAGCGUUGGAGGAUUCGUGAAUGCCGUUGCUAUCUAUUAUUCCAGCUCUCGAGCCAUUGCUUUUAGUGUGAUUUUGGCUAUGUUGGCUAUUUGGGUUUUCCUUUGCUUCCCAUUGACCUUGCUUGGCGCUAUUGUUGGUAAAAACUGGGCUGGACAACCCGAUUUCCCUUGCCGUGUCAAUCCCAUUCCUAGACCCAUCCCUGAGAAAUUGUGGUAUUUCGAACCGCUCGUCGUCAUUGCCCUGGGUGGUAUUUUGCCUUUCGGCUCCAUUUUCAUCGAGAUGUACUUUAUCUUUACGUCGUUCUGGACCUACAAGAUCUACUAUGUCUAUGGUUUUAUGUUCCUCGUAUUUGGAAUUUUGCUCAUUGUUACAGCUUGCGUCACCAUUGUCAGUACCUACUUCUUGCUGAAUUCAGAAGACCACCGCUGGCAUUGGAUGAGUUUCUUGACCUGUGCUUCAACCAGCGCCUACAUCUACAUCUAUGCCACCUACUAUUUCUUUAGCAGGACAAGAAUGACUGGCUUGUUCCAAGCUAGCUUCUACUUUGGAUAUACAGGCUUGGUGUGUCUUGGCAUGUUUUGCUUGCUAGGUGCCGUGGGACAUUGGGCGACAUCGCAGUUUGUUCGCAAGAUAUAUCAGAACGUGAAGAUUGACUAAAUAAUAUACAUUGGUCGCUCUUCUCCUUUAUUCACUACAUUUCAUAUUUUUCUUCUUUUCCGACUAAUCGUCACAUCUUUCUCGAGCUUAACCUGUACUAGUGCCCAAAUCAUGUAGCAUAAUCAUCCAAAUCAUACAAUAUAGGUAGGGUAGGAUAUAUACAUAGCCCAGUUGCUAUCUAGACAACC